GGGAAGAAAUGUGGUAAAAGUAGUACUACUCACGUAGUCAAAACCCAAUUUCAUUCUAUGUCUUUAUUAUAAGAAUCUUGAAACUCCAUUUCUGAGAUGUGAACUUCAUCCGCCAUGGCCUUACAAUCAUCCCAACCACUAACCAGAGUCCAAAAGUUAGCCGAAACACAUCCCUCUCAGGUUCCGCCCCAAUACAUCCAGCCCCCGCACCACCGUCCCUCCCACCCUAACAACUCCACCCACCUUUCAAUUCCAGUGAUCGACCUUUUCGGAUUCGAUCCGUCCCACAGACCAGCUGUUCUAGCCGCCAUUGGUCGAGAAUCCACCGAAUGGGGGGCUUUUCAAGUCAUCAACCAUGGAAUUCCCGUAUCAUUGCUGAACCAGAUGAGAGCUGCGGCUCUGUCUUUUUUCAGAGAUUACCCCGUCUCCGAUAAGCUCGCUUACGCUUGCGAUCCUAAUUCCUUCGCUUCCGAGGGUUAUGGCACACAAAUGCUCCUCGAUCAACAUGUCCGCUCACAAUCUUCAGUGCUUGAUUGGAGAGAUUACUUCGAUCACCAUACGCUUCCGCUUUCACGCCGUAAUCCUUCUAAUUGGCCUCAUUUUCCUUCCCAUUACAGGGAGCUUAUGGCACAGUACAGCGAUUGUAUGAAAUUGCUUUCUCAGCGUCUCUUAGCCCUUAUCUCUGAAACUAUUGGCCUGCCUUCGUCGUGGAUGGAGGAUGCCAUUACUGGUAUGGGUGCGGAAGAAGGUUUUUAUCAGAAUAUUACUGUUAGUUAUUACCCUCCAUGUCCUCAGCCUGACUUGACGCUUGGUCUGCAAUCUCACUCCGACAUUGGUGCCAUCACUUUGCUCAUACAAGAUGAUGUUAGCGGCCUUCAGGUUCUCAGUGGGCAAGGUGAUUGGGUUACUGCUCAUCCUCUGUCUCCUGAUGCCAUUGUCGUCAUUUUAGCUGACCAAACUGAGAUUCUAACUAAUGGGAAGUGCAAGAGUGCGGAACAUAGGGUGAUUACAAAUUCUAGCAGGGCAAGACUCUCGAUUUCUGCUUUUCAUGAUCCGCCGAAGACAGUAAAAAUAUCCCCUGCUGCAGAACUUGUUAGUGAGUCCUCCCCCCUUAGAUAUCGCGAAGUUAUUUAUGGAGAUUAUACAUCAUCAUGGUACUCGAACGGCCCUGAAGGAAGAAGAAAUCUGGAUGCAGUCAAGCUUCACAACUAGCUUCUUCAAGUUCUCAUACUCAAGGUUUCAAGGUCAGUUUGAAUUUGAAGAGAAGAAUAAGAUCUUUGCAUCUAUUCCAGUUUGCACGAUAUAACAUCUUCUUCAAAUCAAGAUUCUUUCUAGUCCAUAUUCAUAUGUUAGAAUCUCAAAUGAAACAGCGAUACAUAUGAAAUUGUUGGAAAUGGAUUGCUGUUUUCAGUGUUGUAAGAAUGGAUUUCAACUGCUUGGGAAAGAAAGAUAUACAGUGUUUGAUAUAUUGAAUGUAAUUUCACUUCAAUCCUUGGAUGGUUUGGACUUCUGAGUGUAUUUAUUAUUUAUUUAUGUUAUAUCCACGGGUGUUGAAAUCAA